AAUUUACAGAAAACUUAUUACGCUCAAUGGAAAUCUUAUCUGCUGCUGGAGGUGCUUUCUUAACUGUUGUUUUUGAGAGGCUGUUCAACAAGUUAGAGUCUAGCAGAGUACUGAAUUUACAAGAGCAAAUCCUUACUAAGCUACGACAAUGGGAAAGCUUAUCAUUGAAAAUUAGCGCCCUACUUGAAGAUGCAGAAAGGACUCAAAUGUUCAGUUCCAACCGCUUGGUGAAUAUAUGGCUUGAUGAUAUCAGGGACUUGACUUAUGAUAUGGAAGAUGUUCUGGAUCAAUUUGUGACAGAUGCUCGAAGGAGCAACUUAACUGCAAAACCUCACCAUGCCAGCACCAGCAAACUCAUCCCCUCAUGUUUCAACUGUUUCAAACGAAGUGAUUUUGUCUCUAAUUCCCAAGCUAUUUCUAAAGUGGAUGAUAUCACUCGCAAAUUGCAGCACAUGAUAGAUGAAUCAAAGACACUCAACCUAUUGAGUUCAACAACUCAAGCUAGAGAUGGACUUAAUAAAGCAUCUACAAGAAGGUUGCCCACUACUUCUUUGCCUGAACCUUAUGUUUAUGGUCGAGAAAGUGAUAAAGCAGCUAUUCUUCAAAAGUUGCUUAAUGAUGAAGGCAGUAGUUCUAAAGGAUUUUGUGUUGUUCCCAUCUAUGGGAUGGGAGGUGUUGGGAAGACCACUCUAGCUCAACUUGUUUACAAAGAGGUGAAGCCAGAAAGCUUUGAGCUUAAGGCCUGGGUUUGUGUUUCUGAUCAAAUUAAUAUCCUAAGCAUAACAAGAACUAUUCUAGAGGCAGUUGGGGAAAAGUCUGAUUCGAAUGAUUUGAAUUUACUUCAACAGAAAUUAAGCGAGGUGUUAUCUAACAAGAAGUUUCUACUUGUACUAGAUGACAUUUGGAAUGAGAACCCUUCCUUGUGGGAUAGCUUACAAAAACCAUUCUUAUCUGGGGCAGCUGGAAGUAAAAUAAUGAUCACAACUCGUAGCGAGGAUGUUGUAAAAAUUAUGCGAGGGAAGUCUAAAGCUCACCACCUAAAAUUGUUGAAGGAUGAAGAGUGCCUGUCAAUAUUUGCUCAAUGCGCUUUGGGAGCUGACAACUUUAAUGCUUACCCAAGUCUAAAAGAAGUUGGAGAGAAAAUUGUUAAAAAGUGCAAAGGAUUACCACUAGCUGCAAAAGUCCUCGGAGGCCUUCUGUGUGAUGAGUUAGAUCAUUCAGCUUGGGAGCACAUUUUACGUAGUGAAAUAUGGGAGCUGCAAGAAAACGAAAGCGGCAUUCUUCCAGCUUUAAGAUUGAGCUAUUAUUAUCUUCCUUCUUAUUUGAAGCCAUGUUUUGCUUACUGCACUGUGUUUCCUAAAGAUUACAUAUUUGACAAGAAUGAGCUAGUUUUGCUGUGGAUGGCAAUGGGGCUCCUCCAAAAACAAAAUUCAAAAGAAGAUGGACAUCGAUACUUUAAUGAAUUAGUUUCAAGAACAUUUUUUGAAAGGUCAAGUGGGGAGGAAUCACGGUUUUCGAAAUUUCCUUCGACAAUUGGAAACCUAAUUGAGCUCCAUCAUCUGAAUAUUAUGGGGACAAAUUCUUUAAAAGAGAUGCCCAGAGGAAUAGCCAAUCUUAAAAAUCUUUUGACACUGUCCAAAUUUAUGGUGGGGAAGGCAAAUGGAUUGAUGAGAUUAUCUGAUUUAAAGAACUUCCAGCAACUUCAAGGAAAAUUGUCUAUUUUGGAUCUGCAGAAUGUUUUUGAUAUUCAAGAUGCUAGGGAAGCUAGCCUAGGCAACAUACAUGGUCUUGAUGAAUUACUCUUGAAGUGGACUUCUGAUUUCAGUAAUUCAAGGGACAGAAGCAAUGGUGAAAUGCAGGUUCUAGAUUGGUUAAAACCUCAUUCAAAAUUGAAAAGUCUCAAAAUUGUUUUCUAUGGGGGCCACAAAUUCCCAUUAUGGAUGGGUGAUCCACUAUUUUCCAAUUUAUCAUACUUGGAGCUCAAAAAUUGUGAGAGAUGCACUUUGUUGCCAUCACUUGGACUAUUACCUAUUCUCAAAAGCUUGAGUAUUGAAGGCAUGAAGGCAAUAGAAGCUGUGGGUCCUGAGUUUUAUGGGCAUGGCACUUUUCCAUCACUUGAGAGACUGGUGUUUUGUAAUAUGUUUAAUUGGAAAAAAUGGGCUUCUCCAAUGGGAAGUGGAGGUGAAUUCCCUCGUCUCCGUGACCUUGUGAUUCAAAGUUGUCCUAAGUUGAUAGGACAAUUACCUAGCAACCUAUCUUCCCUCAUGAAUCUUGAGAUAGAUGGAUGCCCAGAGUUAAGAUGCUCUUCUAUGAGUCUUCCCUUGCUUCGAGAUCUGAAUAUUAAAACUUGCAAUGCUGCUCUUUUGAAGAGCAUGGUUGAUCUCACCUCUGUCACUAGCUUGAGAAUUCAGAGAAUUUCAGAGCUAAAUUGCAUGCCUAAGAGUUUUGUGAAGUCCCUGACAAUGCUUGAGUCUCUAAGUGUUGAUAGUUGUGAAGAACUUACUUGUUUGUGGGAGGAAGGAAUAGAAAUAGCAAAUCUUGCUCGUCUUGAGACAAUGGAAAUUUAUGACUGUCCUCUGCUUGUGUGUCUGGCAGGGAAAGAACAAGGCCUCCUGCCGUUCAACCUUACAAGUCUGGACCUUCAAAACUGUGGGGAAUUGGAGUCAUUGCCCAAUGUGCUGAUGAUGAAAAUGGAUGGAGGUAGUAACAACAUCUUAUUUACACCUGAAUAUUUAACCUUCCGUCAUUGUUCUUCUCUCAAGUCUUUUCCAGGAGGCAAAUUACCCACCACAAUUAUAUCAUUGGGCAUAUGGAACUGUGAAAAUCUUGAAUCUCUACUAGAUGUUGACAACAACAAUCUUAAAGCUUUGAAACUAGGUGAUCUUUCAUCUCUAAAUUCUUUUCAGGGUGGUCAAUUGCCAGAUUCUUUGGAGUCUUUUUAUGUUGAUAAUUGUAAGGGGUUAGAGUCCUUUCCAGAGAGGAUGUUGCAACGUUGCACCAGACUUGAACACAUGGUUAUAAGUCAUUGUGACAAAUUGAAAAGCUUACCCAUAUUUAACGACAACAGGAAUCUUGUUACUUUAGAAAUCAUGAACUGUGAAGUUUUAGAGUCCCUCCCAGGGCUGGGCUCAUCCAUCCCCAAUCUAAAGCUUCUAGAAAUAACCGAGUGUAAGAGUCUCAAGACCCUGUCAGAUACGAUAUACCAGUUGCAAUCACUUGAAAGCUUAUGCAUAGAAGAUUGCCCCAGUAUCAAGUGCAUUACAAAUGGUGCUUUGCCCGCAAACUUAACAAGUCUUGAAUUAUAUUGUGAGAAUCUGAUGUUGCUACCAAAUAACGUGGUUGAGUUGAGAUCGCUUCAGACACUAUCCAUUUCAGAUGGGCGUUUGUUGGUGGGAUUGGACCUCCGCAACCUUAGCUCUCUUCAAGAGUUGGCAAUUAGUCGGACGUGGCCUCCUAACAUUGUGUUGCCAUCUUCUUUAACUUCUCUUGAGAUCAUUGAUGUAGAAAAUCUGAAAUGCAUAUCCAAAGAGAUCCUUCACAGCCUUAACUCUCUUCAAGAGCUGCAUAUAUCCAACUGUCCAAAGCUCCGAACCUUGCCAAAGGAAGACUUGCCUCGCUUGCUUCGGUAUCUCAGCAUCGAAAACUGCCAGCAUCUAAAACAGCAACACUUUGAGGCAAAAGGACAUUAUUUGCCUCUCACCCGUAACAUUCCCUACAUUGAGAUAGAUCAAAAUCAGGUUAUGUAUGGGUAGCUAGUUAGUAGUAAGAACCAAUUCUUACUUGAAGUUCAUGAAUCCUACAAUCUACUCUUCAGGACCUCACAUUUUCCAUUAUGAAGAAUUGGGAGAUUUUUGAAACAAUGAGGUGUUGAUUGAGAAGGACAUACUCAAUUGUACCUUCUUUCUUGCCUGGCAAGUGAGUUUUGAAACAAUGAGGUGCCGAUUGAAAGUAGAUAUGACCUUUGCUGAGUUCAACAAGCUUGUAAUCUGUCCAUUUCAAGUUUCAUUUUUUAAGAUUUGCUAUCCAACUUUAUCUUGGCGUGAUUAUUGUGAUGGUGUGAUUUAUUGUUGUUAAGAACCUCUAGUCUUGUCUAGAGAGAGAAGAAACCUUGUAAUUUUACUAUUGUUACUAUUUCAAUAGUGGAAGUUUUUUGAGGUUCCGUGGUUUUUUCCUAAUGGUUUUCUACCUUAAGAAAUUAGUGUCUUGAUU